UGGCAGGGGGCUGCGGGUCGGGAGUGAGAGGCCCCGAGCCCCCAUCCCCUCAGAACCCCACACUGACACUGUCCCCGUGCGAGUGUCUCUGGGGAGCGGCCCGACGUGGACGGUUGCUCCCGGGCUCAACCCCGGCUCCCAGCCCUGCCCGGCUGGCACCAGACGACCCCGCCCGCCCCUCCUCCGUGUCCUCUCUUCCCGUCUGUCUGCAGUUCCCCAUCCCUUCGGUCUCUCCUCCUUUGCCUCGUUCUGUCUCUCCUUCCCUCGUCUCUUCAUCCUCCUUCAGUUCCUCGGGUUUUCCCUCACUCCCUCCUUCAGUUUUCUUCAUCCGAUUUCUUUCCUUCGCGCAUUUGCUCGUUCUUUUCUUUUUUCACUGACUCAUUCCUUCCUUCUUCCCUUUCCUUUCCUCCUUUCCCACCUUCAUCCUCUGGUUCCUUUUUUCUUUCCAGCCUUUUUCCCUCCCUCUUUCUUUUUUCAUGCAGCCCUUCGUUCCCUCACUUGUGCCCCGUUCGUUCAUUUAUUCCUUCAUUCACUCUUUGUCCCUUUCUUCUCUCAUCCUUUCAUUCCCUCGUUCCGGCGUUUGUUCUUUCCUCCCCUUGUUCCUUAACUCAUGGUUUUCUUUCUCAGUUUGUUUCUUUCUAUCCUUAUUUUCUAUCCCUUUUUAUUUGCACCCAUUUUAUUUCUAUUUCUAUCCAUUUUUUCUUUCUCUCUCUAUCCAUUUGUCUUUGGGAUUUUUCUUUCUUUCCUCCAUUUUUAUCAGUUUUCUCUUUCUAUCCUUUAAUUUCCCUCUUGCUUGCUUGCUUCUAUCCAUUUUCUUUCCUUUUCCCUUUUCUUUUCUUCAUUCUUUCUUCUUCUGUCUUUGUUUGUUUUCUUUCUCUCUUUGCCCCACCCCGUCUCUCCUCCACGCACCCCCGUCACACCCCUCGCUCCCCGUCAGGAUGACCCAAGAGGAAGGCUCUGGCGUCUUUCUGCUCACAUCACAGCUGGGUUGGGACAGGGUGACUCACGGGCAGGAAUUCCCGCCCGGUGCCAUAUAAACCCCGCGCCCGGCCCGGCCCGAGCAGAUGUCUCCCAUCGCCAGCGCCCAGCCGCCCAUCCCGGGGGGGACCAUGGUGAAGUUCGGGGCAGGCCUCAGGCCUGUGGAUCCUGCCCGGGGCUCCGGCUUGCUGUGCUCGGCGUGUGGCUUCCUGCUCAUCCGGCCCCAGCAGACAGAGUGCGGCCACCGGUACUGCACGGCCUGCGUCCCGCGACUGCUGGGGGACACAGACAAGGUGACCUGCUGCGUUUGUAGCAAGAGACUGAGCCCCAACCAGUUUCACAAGGACCGAGCGGCCGAGAAAGACGCUCUCAGCACGGCCGUGACCUGCCCCAGAGCCAGCUGCAGCUGGAUGGGGACCCUGGCGUCCUACCUGGAGCACCUCUGCCCCCCAGCGGUGAGUCCCGGCCCGGAGGAGAAGUCAGCUCCGAAGGACCUGGAGGUCCACGUGAUGACAGGUGUCCCCCGGGGGGGCAGGAACUCCCAGAUGGACGCCCCGCCCCUGGAUCUCCAGCGGAGGAUAGAGCAGCUGGAGGUUAUGGUGACCUCCCUGCGCCAGGAGCUCCGGAGCCAGGCCAGUGCCAUGCAAGCUCUCCAGCGCCGGGGCCUCCAGGACCAGCCGUCCCCGGGGGUCUCCGCGGAGCCGUCUGGCUGCUCCCACGGGGCUCGGGGAGCCGCAGCUACGUCCCCGGAGCUGGCCAGCGCCGACGGGACCCUGGUGUGGAAGCUCCAAGGGUUCUCCAAGCUGCUGGGGGAGGCCAAGGCCGGGAGGAGAACGUCCAUCUAUUCCUCGGUCUUCGCCACCCACCCCUUCGGCUACCGGCUCUGCCUCCGGCUCUACCCGGACGGGGAUGGGGCCGGCCAGGGGACUCACCUGUCACUGUUCAUGGCCUUGGCCAAGGGGCCCUACGAUGAUCUCCUGCCUUGGCCUUUCCUCCGCAAGGUCACCUUCUACCUCCUGGAUCCCUGGCGGAAGAGGCCGGCCCUGAGGGAGACUUUCGCCCCUGACCCCUGCAGCACGUCCUUCCAGCAGCCCCAGGGCCAGCUCAACGUGGCUAGCGGGAGCCCCCUCUUUGCCCCCCACGGACAGCUCCAAAACUACCUCAAAGACGACACCCUCUACGUCAAGGUGGUGGUGGACACGUCCGGGAUGGGGGUGUGAGCUUUGGGGGCGAGGGGUUCCUCUGCCUCCAUACCCUCCUGCCUCUUCCUAUUCCUCCCUCAGCGCCCCCUAAAGCCCUGCCCCCCGGUGCUGCCCCCUAUCACCCUCCAGCUCUCCCGCCGAAGCCUUAGAAACAUCCUGCCUUGCACGUUAGCGGCCUGGAAACCGUCCAGCUGCCAAAGGCGACUGCAGGAGGAGGUGCCCUUGUGGCUUAGUACACUCAGCGCUUGUUAGGCUCUGAAAGCUAAGCAGGGCUGGGCUUGUUCUGAUCCCGGCUGGGCGACCUCACACCUGAGAUCCCAGUGCUCAGCAGGGACUGGGCUGUGUGGGGGGAGACGGGGGAGCUAAGCAGGGGGCUGGUCUGUUCGAGUCUCUGGAGGGGAGACCCUCACUGCGAAGCAGGGCCUGUCUUGUUUGUGCAGGUGGCUGGAGGCGAGGAUAAGCUGCUCGGUCAUUGUGCUUCUCUGAUCAUUUAUGAUAAUUUAUUACCGUUACUAACGAUCCGCGCUGCGGGAAGGCGGCGUUUGCGGGUUUAUCGAAGCACUGACUUCUCUAUUUAUCUAUUUAUGUAUUUAUGGGCCGGCUGCUGGUGCCCCUGGGCAGAGCCGUUCCCGCGGGAAGGGGGAGUCCGGGGCGGGGACACUCCACCGGGGGCAGCUCCGCUGCUCUGCCGUGAGACCCCCCCCAACCCGUUCCUGGAGCCGAGACAGGGGCUCUGGGCGCGCGGCCGUUGUGGGGCUCCCUGCGAGAUGGGAGGUAAUGCGCACUUCGUGUGUGUGUCUGUCUGUCUGUCUGUCUGUGCGUGUGAAGCACAAUCACUACGGCCCCUAGCGCAGCCGCUGGCCCAGGACCCGUCCUGCCACCUCGCCCCGUAUUGAUCGCCAGCGUCUGGUUUAUUUAUUGUGCGAUAUUGUAAUAAAAAUCUCUCUGCAUCA